AUGUUGAAGAUAGUUGGGCAUAGAGCUUACAAGGGAAAAUAUCCAGAGAAUACCAUUGAAGCUUAUGAAAAUGCAUUUGCUAGUGGCGUUGAUAUAAUUGAAACUGAUCUUCAGAUGACUAAAGAUGGUGUUGUAGUGGUUAAUCAUGAUUCCGAUACAGGGCGUAUGUGGGAUAAGGAAUUGAUAAUAUCUGAAUCAACUUAUGAGGAGUUACAAGAAUUAAGAUGCAAGGAAAAUCCGGAUUUGAAGAUGUUAACUCUGGAUCAAGUAUUAGAAUGGGCUGUUGCUCAUCCUAGUGCUAAGAUGAUGUUGGAUAUUAAAUUUACCAAUAAAAAAAUAAUUCUAAUGAAAUGUUAUUCUGCAAUGAUGGCAAUUAAAAAUGAUAGAAAAUAUUGGCAGAAUAGAAUAAUCUGGGGGGUUUGGCUUUUAGAUUGGUUUAAAUAUGGUGUUGAAACUGGCGUAUUUCAAGAUUUUAAAGUAAUAGUCAUUACGCUGUCAUUGGACAUAGCCAAGGAUUUCAUCGAAUAUUCUCUUCAAUUGAAUAACGCUCAUUAUAGAUUAUAUGGCAUAAGUAUUCAUUUCGUUGCCUCUUGGACCUAUGAAUACACGACAAAUAUUGUACCUAUGAUGAAGAGGCAGAAUGUUAAAGUGUUCCUAUGGACAGUAAAUAAAGCCGUCGAUAUUAAAUACGCUUGCCAACUACCAAGUGUAUAUGCUAUCAUCACCGAUGACCCAGUAGAGGCCCGCCAUCUAUCAGCAGAAUAUGUACGCCAUCAUGAGGACAUAAAGAAAUUUGAAAUCCCAUCAUUGAUCUCAGCAAACGGUAUUAGGUUCCACUCUUUUGUUAAAGUUUACAACAUUGUCGCUAAGAUUCUUUUCGCUAAAUGGCUACAUUUUAAAGUGUUUGGCUGGUCCAUUGCAUACGUUAUAUUUCUAUUCUUAAGAUCAAUUAAAUUCCUAGGAUAA